ACGUACUUUGAAAGAGCUGAGAAGGAUACAACGUGUUUUUCUGCCUACGUGGAGUCACAUGAUUAGCAACGUUCCUCUUUGAGACCAGGCGUCACCCUAUUCAUGCCCUUCGAGGCAUCCUGCAUAGCAUCAGUCAACACAUAAUUCCAUAUGAGAUGCAACCAUCUCUCUCAAAUUGACAUUUCCAAACGAAAAGGGGCCAAACGGGAGUUCUCUCGUCCGAGUGCAGGUGGAGACGAACAUCCGGGGUAGCUGAGCCGCAGCUGCCUCGGUACUUGCCCAAGUGGUAGCGCACGCGAUAAUGGAGCCAUGAUCUCACCCUCGCCCAUCGCUCCUAUCUACACACACGUGCACUCCCCGGCACCACCACAACGACGUCGCGCAAUCGCAUCAUCUCGGCGCGUCAGCUGGGACGACUGCAGACAUGUACAGGCAGGCGACGCAGAAAACGGGCGAGGUGCUGUCCAUGCCGUCGCAGUGGCUGGGCAUGUACUCCGACUUCAUCACCAAGAACAGCAGCGCCGUCACGCAGAUCGAAUCGGCCCUGCGCUCACUCACAUAUAUCAUUCCUGGCCGCUUCCGGGAAUCUGAAGUCGCAUCUGAAUCAAUACACAGCGGCGUCCAAGUACUCUCCCUAUAUCAUGACUCUCUUCUCUCAAAAGCCAUGGCACAAAUGCCCGGAACGCGGCGGCAGCCCCUCACCCCACAUCAUCGAUACACCAAGUUCUGGACGCAGAACUCGCCCACAUACAAACGGAUUGCGCUAGUGCUCCAGAUGAUCCAAUACACAGAACUACUAUGGGAGAUGGCGGCGAAGAGAAAGGGCGAGAAGGUGCGAUGGCGCGUGGUGGUGUUGCUGGAGAUUGUUAAAGCAGUAUGCCGGUUGCUGCUGCUUCGAUUGACCAACUCAAGACCACUGCUGUCGCCGCCGCUCCCACAACGAGAGAUUGAUCCAAGCUCGCUGGAAGAGUCGUCGGCAUCAGCCGAUGGCAUGGACACACCACCAAGUGAACGCUCAGUCGAGGCAGAAAACUGGGCAAUGCCUAGAACUGGCCUGUCCAUGCCGAGCCUCCCGGACUCUUCGGAUAUCUCAAGCUACCUCCUCUCCAAGGUGUUGACUGCGGACGACAUCAAGCCCCCGAAGGCACUACUUCACCGCGUGAGUGGAAAGGGCGAGCUAGCCGAAGCACUGUACAUUCUCCGACCGGUUGCCUACGCCCUGGCUAUGCAACAUUUCAGUGGCGACAGGAAGAGCUGGAGGCCGUGGUUGAUCGGCGUCAGCAUGGAAUACGGCGCACGUCAACUGGCCAAGAAGGACUUCCAAGAGCGUCUCGCUGGAGGCCUUCGCGGCUUGACCGGACUGGAGAAGGAAGAGUUGCGCAAGCGGGGCUGGUCCCUGGGAUGGUGGGCCAUGCGCGGCGCUUUCUACGAGAACAUCACCAAGGCCUGGAUCCACAGCAUCACCGCAUCGCUGAAGGGCAAGCCUCUUCUCGACAUGGUCGGCGGUGUCAUCGAAGACUACGAGUUCCUCUGGGAUCAGUACUACUUCCCCACCGCUACGCUAUGAUUGUUUCUUCGUCACGCACUUUCCGGACUAAUGCGAUAAUGUUUGACCUUCGCUUGUGCAUGAUUUGAUCGCUGGACUGAUCUUGGGUGGUUUCGCGUCUUCGCCUUCAGCUUUUUGUACAUUAUCCUUUCUUCAGAUACCACAUCUUUGCCACUAUUAUAGCCCAAGAGUUUCAAUUGACAUGUUUUAUCUAUUGU